GAUAGCAGCAUCCUUUGGGCACCCAAAGAUCAGAAUGGCCGUGGUCUCCUGCAUGCUUAUUAUCUUUCUUUGUUUUCCAUUUCUAAAAUUUGUAUCUGUAGCCACCGCCCAGAAGCACGUAUGUGAUAAUGGCAACGGCAACUACACAGCCAACAGCACCUACAGCAGCAACCUCAACACCCUUUUAUCCACUCUCUCUUCCAACACACAAAUCAACUACGGUUUCUACAACUUUUCAUAUGGCCAAAACAGUGACAUAGCUAAUGCCAUAGGGCUCUGUAGAGGAGAUGUUGAGUCAGAGAGGUGCCGCAGCUGCCUCAAAAACUCCACACUCGAUAUACAACACAGAUGUCCAAACCAGAAAAAUGCAAUUCUAUGGUCCGAUCUAUGCAUGUUGCGCUACUCUAACGAAACAAUAUUCCAUAAAAUGGAAACUUCUCCUGGUUAUUACUGGUGGAACUUAGAAAAUGUAACAGAACUGAAUCAGUUCAGCCAAGUGCUCGGGAACUUAAUGAAGCGCCUAAGAGGGAUAGCUGCAUCAGGUGACUCCCGUCGUAAGUAUGCUGCGGCAGAAAAUGCAACUGGUUUAAAUUUUCAGACCAUAUACGGUGCUGUGCAGUGCACCCCUGAUUUGUCUCAACAAGAAUGUAAUCAAUGCUUAGAGGGGGCUAUCUCAGAGAUCCCAAACUGCUGCGAUGACAAGGUAGGAGGUAGAGUUCUUAGACCAAGUUGUAAUCUUAGAUUCGAAACUUACAGAUUCUACGGAACUGAAACAACAUUAGACCCGGUUCCAGAGGCACCUCCUCCAUCCAAUACCACUUCCUCAAAAGAAAGUGGCAACACGACAAUAAUUGUCAUUGCGGUAGUUGUGCCUACUGUUGUUGUUGUUAUUUUGCUCAUUUGUCUCUUGCUAUAUUUAAGGAGGUUGAAGGCAAGGAAAAAUCUUGCAGUUAAAGAAGAACAAGAUGAUGAGGAUGAAAUUAAAAUUGUUGAGUCAUUGCAUUUCAACUUUGACGCAAUACGAGUUGCUACCGAGGACUUCUCUGAUUCUAAAAGACUUGGACAAGGUGGAUUUGGAGCUGUUUACUGGGGCAGGCUCCCCAAUGGACAGAUAAUUGCAGUGAAAAGGUUGUCGAGAGAUUCUGGACAAGGAGAUACGGAAUUUAAGAAUGAAGUGCUUUUAGUGGUGAAGCUUCAGCACCGGAAUUUAGUUAGGCUACUUGGUUUCUGUUUGGAAGGAAGAGAAAGAUUACUCAUCUAUGAAUUUGUUCCCAAUAAAAGCCUUGAUUACUUCAUCUUUGAUCCAGCCAUGAAAGCACAGUUGGAUUGGGAAAAGCGCUACAAAAUCAUUAGAGGUAUUGCUCGAGGUCUUCUCUACCUUCACGAAGAUUCUCAGCUACGAAUUAUCCAUCGAGAUCUCAAAGCAAGCAACAUUCUCUUAGACGAUGAGAUGAAUCCUAAGAUAGCAGAUUUUGGCAUGGCAAGACUGGUUUUAAUGGAUCAAACUCAAGUAAACACAAAUAGAAUUGUUGGAACCUAUGGAUACAUGGCACCGGAGUAUGCAAUGCAAGGACAAUUUUCAGUGAAAUCGGAUGUGUACAGUUUUGGUGUACUGAUUCUUGAGAUUGUAAGCGGCCAAAAAAACAGUGGAAUUAAUAAUGGGGAAAAUAUGGAGGAUCUACUAAGCUUCGCUUGGAGAAACUGGAAGGAGGGGAAGGCUAUAAAUGUUGUAGAUCCAUCACUUAAUAGCAAUUCACGGAAUGAAAUGAUGAGAUGCUUGCAUAUUGGUUUACUAUGUGUUCAAGAAAAUUUUCUAGACAGACCAACUAUGGCUAACAUUAUACUGAUGCUUAAUAGUCAUUCUCUGAGUCUCCCUAUUCCUGCAGAACCAGCAUUUUAUGUGAACAGUAGAACUAGAAGCCUUCCAGAGAUGCAGUCAUGGGAAUAUAAUUCAAGGGAAACAGGAUCAAGUGAACCGAUACUUAAAUCAGUUCAGGAAUCAGAAAAUGAAGCUUCAAUCACUGAGUUAUACCCUCGCUAAAUAUUGAUAAUAUUCAUCAUCAAUGUUUCUUGUCUUAAACAAAAAAUCAAAUUUUCCUAUAGUGCAAAAUCUUCAUUAUAUACAUCUAAUCCUUUGCCUCACUUAGAA